AGUGCAGCCAAUAACAGUAUGAGUUCCUCCCCCAGACGUUUACUGGAGUGCUGCCACUUCACAAGAUUUACACAGCCGUCUUUACAUUCACUAAACUCGCUGGAAAUAUUCCCACAAUCUCCGCUUCAGUUGGGAUUUGAUCUCUGCUGACUCUUCCGAUUGAGCGGACAGGACUUUUCAUCAUGACCAAAGAAUCCCGUCCGUCCUGGGACAGUCCCGUGCAGUUUGUCCUGGCUUGUGUGUCCUAUGCAGUCGGUCUUGGGAAUGUCUGGCGUUUUCCAUACCUCUGCCAAAUGCAUGGGGGAGGUGGAUUUCUGAUUCCUUAUCUGUUGAUGUUGGUUUUGGAGGGAAUUCCUCUCUUCUGUAUGGAGUUGGCGAUCGGUCAGAGGAUGCGUCAGGGCAGCAUUGGGGCGUGGACGGCCAUCAGCCCGUAUCUGGGUGGACUGGGCUUUGCCAGCGUUGUGGCAUCACUUUACUUAUGUCUGUACUACAACAUCAUCAAUGCCUGGAGCUUCUGGUAUCUCUUUCAUUCAUUUCAGUCAGUGUUGCCCUGGUCCCAGUGUCCCAUCAACAUUAACCAGACCGGAUAUCUGGAGGAAUGUGAAGUAUCUUCAUCCACAGAGUAUUUCUUUUACCGCGAGACUCUGAACAUCUCCUCCUCUAUAGAUGAGAACGGUGGGAUUCAUAUGGGACUGGCGCUCUGUCUCCUGCUGGCGUGGGUCAUAGUUUUUCUCUUCAUCGUCCGUGGGGUCAAGUCCACAGGAAUGGUUGUGUAUUUUACAGCUACAUUUCCGUAUGUAGUUCUCAUCAUUUAUCUGAUUCGUGGGAUCACUCUUCACGGGGCCUGGAACGGAGUAAAAUACAUGUUUACACCUAAAUUGGAGCAGUUAGCCAAUCCUCAGGCGUGGAUCAAUGCGGCCACACAGAUCUUCUUCUCUCUGGGUUUGGGUUUUGGUUCUCUGAUCGCGUUUGCCAGCUAUAAUCAUCAGAAUAAUAACUUUGAGAGGCAGGCGGUGGUCGUGUCUCUGAUCAACAGCGGCACUUCAGUGUUUGCCAGUGUUGUCACGUUUGCUAUCUACGGAUUUAAAGCCACGUUUAACUAUGAAAGCUGUUUGGAAAGGACGAGAUUGUUACUGCUGAACACAUUUGAUCUGUCUGAGAGUGAGAUCACCGCUGAUAAUGUGACCGUCUGGAUCUCUUUACUGAAUCACACCAGACCUGAGGAGUUUGCAGCUAUCGCUUCAAAAAUAGACAACUGUAAUCUGGAGUCUGAACUGGACACGGCGGUCGAGGGCACGGGUUUGGCCUUUAUUGUGUACAGUGAGGCCAUUAAGAACAUGCCCGUGUCUCAGAUCUGGUCUGUCCUCUACUUCAUCAUGUUACUGUUGUUAGGAAUGGGAAGCAUGCUGGGUAACGUCACAGCCAUCAUCACCCCGCUGGGUGACCUUAAGUUCCUGUCAAAGAGAUUCAGCAAUGAGACCAUCAACGGUGUGGUGUGUCUUGUCUGUCUUCUUCUGGGUUUUGGCUUCACCACGCGCUCAGGCAGUUACUGGUUCACUAUAUUUAAUGAUUACGGAGCGACGCUGUCUCUGCUCUUCAUCGUCUUCUUUGAAGUCAUCAGCGUUUGCUACGUCUACGGAAUUAAAAGGUUUGAAAAAGACUUUGAGGAUAUGUUGGGUCAUCGGCCGAACUGGUACUGGAGAGUGAUGUGGGCUGUCGUGAGUCCGGUUCUCCUCAUCGGUCUCUUCAUCUUUUACAUCAUCAACUACAUCCAGGGCGGGACACCAACCUAUCAGGCCUGGGACAAAGAUCUAGGUAAAUCUGUGAUGAAGGAAUAUCCUCCGUAUGGUCAGGCGUUCAUAGCUCUGCUUCUGUUGUCUGCUGUAAGCUGCGUUCCUCUGGUGGCUCUUUAUGAACUUUGUAAGAGAAAACGGCGAGGACAACCCAUCCGUGAGCGUCAGAUCAUCACUACAGUCUCAUCUGGACUUUAACCUGAUUCAAAUCAACUGCUUGUCUAACACUAAUCACAAAAUAUAUUUCUGUUUAUCAUACAGUAAGUGCUGUGCACAUUUAGAAACAUAGACCUUGAGUACUAUAUGUGUUUCUAUAAAUGUAAAUGUUUGAAGAACAACUUAACAACUUGUAUAGUGUAAAAAACGAACUUACAUCCAGUAACAUUUACGGAGUUAUGAAAGUUUUUUCUUGAUGCAACUCUUUCCCCGCCAGCGUUUAAAAACAAAGUUGCCAGCCAAUGCUAGCAUUUUUUAUGAUUUUUUUAUGUCUUACAGAAUAUUUACUACUUUAAAUAUAUAUAUAAACAUAUGUCAAUCGAUUCAAAUAUUGAAUCUAGAUUAAUCGCAUGAUUUUCAUGAGUUAACUCGCGAAUAAUCGCAAAUGAAUCUCACAUUUUAUCUGUUCUAAAUGUUCCAUAAUUUAACGCUUUUCAAGUUUUUAAUCCUCAAAUCAACAUGGGCAUGGACAAAUAUAGAUGCUUCAUGCAAAUGUAUGUUUACACCAACCUGUUUACAUUUUUGACAGAACCAUCAGACAUUGUUUUCUUUAUUAACUUUUCUUUCAAAAGGCCCGUUUCUUUCUCAGUUUUUCUUUGCUUCUGCAUCAUUUGUGACUCAUGCUGGCAAAUUGAGUCAAAAUGAGUAAAUUUUCACAAAUAAGUUAUUUAUAUUUUGACAUUCUUUAUUGAAAAACAAUGUCGAGCUACACCUGUUUGAAGGUGAGUCAACAAAAUCCAAAAUUACCACAAAAAUGACCACAUCCAUACCAUAAAAUCACUGUAAAACUAAUCAAUUUAGCACACAAAGUUAAAAACAAUAUCUAUAUAUGUUUUUUCUUUCUUUUAUUGUUUUGUUGACAUUGAGACUGACAGCUUUAAGACCUACUAUUGCGCAAGGAUCUAAUAUAAUCAGAUAUUUUUCCUCAAGCGUUAACCAAACAUUCCCUCAGUGGCGGCCGGUGACUUCUCUUCUGAGGGGCGCAAAUUCAAAAUCUUUUUUUUUGUACCAUGUGUCUCAUGCCUCUUGUCAAAAUACAUGCCUGCUGCAAAAGUGUCGAAAGGAUUUAUGAUAAAAGAUACACUCACAUUCACAAAAUACUCACAAAACACUAACUUAACACUAAACUCUGAUUAUAGAUGAGAUUAAGCGAGUAUCUGGUAAACCUGAGCAUAUUUUUUUAUCAUAACCCAGCCAGGCAUUUAUUUUGACAUCACGUGUGAUGCACAUGACGCACCGAACACAUAUUUUGAAAUGAAGAACCACACACAUGACGGCUAAAUACAUGUCGUGACAAGCUUCGUAUCGUGCACCCUUGAAAAAGAAGUCACCGUCCGCCACUGUAUUCACUUAAGACAUAACAAAUUAUAUUUGCGUGAAUUCUUGUCAAAACAGAUAUUACAUUCAAACUGUAAUUCUGUCUAUGUGUACAUAUAUUGAGGUUAUGCAGCUGUGUGCAUACUUCAGAUGUGUCAGUCAGCGUGAGGAAGAUUGUUUUUGAGUCUUAUCACUCUUAAUAAACAUCAAUCAGGUCCUAAACAUUAUCUCACUUUAUAACUAUUUAACAUCAAACAAGUCCCAAACUUUAUCUCUUGUAACAUCAAGCAAGUCCUGAUCUUUAUCUCUCUCUCUUAAUAACUAUUUGAACAUCAAUCAGGUCCCGAGCAUUAUCUCUCUUUAUAACUAAUUUAACAUCAAGCAAGUCUCAAACAUUAUCUCACUUUAUAACUAUUUUAACAUCAAACAAGUCCCAAACUUUAUUUUCUAAUUUCUGCAUGUUUUAAAACCGAAACCAAAAUGUCAGACGUGCAAGUGGACAACCAUCCUUUGUGUAUUAGUUAAGCAUUUAGGACGGUACUCCUCACAGAAAACCUACAAAUAAAGAUCAUUUUAGAUGUUUAAUAACUAUUUAGAGCAUUGGAUUCACUAGACAAGAGCUUAAUGUACUUUUUUUAAUAAAAGCCUCAUUUAGACAGCACGGGUCAUAUUUACUGUGCUGCAUUCAGACGAGCAGCGACUUUUUCAAUGAGGUCAUUAGGAGGCAUUUCUAAAUCUGGUUGUCAAAAACAAUGAGUACCAGUAACUGACGAGAGGCAGAUGAUGUGAACUUCAUUGCUUUGUUUUCAUUGGUAGUCGCUCCUGAAAGUUGCUCAUUAUUUGCAUAAAGUUCAAUUUUUCUCAACUUUGUUGCGCGACUGGACAAAUUGGCCCAUUCAUUGGCCAACGGUCAUUGCCGCAUGUGUCGCUGGAAGUCACCAAACUUCCAUUGAAAUCGAAGAGAUUGCAUCGCUCUGGUAUUGCUAGUCUGAAUGCAGUUUACAGCUGCGUCUCAAUUCAAUUAACUAUGGGCUAGACCAAGGGUAGGGGCAAAUAUGGGUAGGUUUCUUCAAAAAUAAUAAAUUUUGAGCAAAAAGCUGAGAUAAUUGUAUUUUUGUAAAGGACUUUUGUUAGAGAUCAGAUUCAGAGCAAUGAUCAAAACAUACACAGAGUUUUUACUGUUUUUGGAUCAGUGGAUGCUUCAGUGUUUAAAAGUUGAGUAACAGCGCCACUUAGUGGAUAAUCGAGGAAACAAAGAUUGCCGUAAAAACUCGUCAUUGGCAGGGAAGUGUUUUCUCUUGACAAUGAACUCAUUAAGUCAUCAAUAGCGGGGAAAGAGUUAAAAGCAACUAAAGCUAUUUACUGUAAGUGAUGAUAACUUACUGUGGCCAAAAAACAGAAAUAGUAAAAGAAUAUCCAAGAAUAUAUGAGGUAUACGUGAACAUGCACAAGCAUUGAUGUAAACUAUGUGUAAAUAACUUUAUACUGAGGUUCAUUUAUUGUUGUAGUAGUAAUGUAAGUCUUGUUUGUAGCUUUAAUCACAAAAUUUUAUCUUCAUAUCAUAUACCAUACAAACCACUGGAUUAAGAACUGGGGCCUUAUUUAUAAAAUGCUGCGUAGAAAUCAUCCUACAUUUGAUCUUAUGAUCAUUUAUCAAAAAUGCGUACGUGUGAUUUAUAAACUGAACAUACACACAGAAAACGCGCGUACCCUUUUCUUGCAGAUGUGAAAUCUAUAAAUGGCAAAUGAUCUUGAACCUGUGCGCAGUUUCAGAUCUUCGUCUUUAAACGAUGUCCAAUUAAUGUCAUUGACAUAUAAAAGAGCGCCUGUCAAUGAUCAAAUCCUUUUUCAAACAUGGCUUAUAUUUCCAAAAACACAGGCAGCAAUCAGACAAGCAAAAGUGCGUACGUCUGCUCAGACCCUGACGUGGCGCUAAGCACUUUUUUCACGUCAAAGUCAGUUUUUAUAAAUAUGGACUUUGCCGUGGGUUUUUGCGUACACACACUUUACGAUCAAAUCUGUGCGUACGCAUGCUUUAUAAAUGAGACCCCUGAACUUUUAUGAUUUGUCAUUCAACCGUGAGAUCACUUUUGUUGUCAUUUUAUGUACUUUUUUCAUACUUUUUUAAUAUUAAACAUUACUGUGAAACAUU